GUGCCGGGUGACUCAUACAAAAGAAAAUUAAUGCUCCAAACAGCUAUUGAAGAGUCAUGUAAGAAAAGCAAAAAGGAAAAGGCAGAAGAAGCUAGUAAUUUAUUACAAACUAUGGCACUAGCUGCAGAUGAGAACUCGCUCUACAAAAUUUGGAACACUAAAUCAAACAAUUUAUUGACUGCGAACUGGGCAGAUGCCCUGGAAUCAGAACUAUCUAAAGUGGCUCUACUACAGUUAGCAACUCCAACUAAUAAUGAAAAUAAUAUAUUCAACUCAUUGGAAAAUUUACUGGUUGUACUACAGAAAGUUCUAGAAGAAAUUCAACAGUUAUAG